CCUCGGGGACUUCGGGAGACCCCUGGGCGUGCUGCUCCCGGGCGGGAGCCGCGAGUUCUGCCGGGGGUGCCUGCCAUCCCUGGCUUUGCGGAGAGGCCUCUGGGCUUCCCAGUUUCCCGGGGAAGAAGGAAAAACCAUCCCGGUAAAGUUGCCCUGAAGAUUGACUCUGAGCCCCGCCGGUAGCUGUGCGCCCUGCAGGGGCCUCUUGCACGAAUUGUGACUUAGUUCGUGUUUCCGACUUGUGCCGGGAAGAAAACCGGUGUGAGCCAGUAUCCCCCUCCUCCACUAGACACAAACAAAAGAGUUCCCGGAUCCUUCCCAGCACGCUGGAGCUGGUGGCUGUGUAAGCCGUCCGUGACCCUUCCCAAAGCUUUACUAAACAGGCUGGGGUUUUCCUCAUUGGGAGAAAUAAGUUCUUGCCAUCGCUGAGAUCCGGGGUUUAGGACAGCUGUUAAAGGAUUAGUUUCAUAAAUUGAAAUAAUUAGUGUUAUUCCUGAUUUUUUUUUUUUUUUAAGACAGGGUCUCACUGUAUAUCCCUGGGUGACCUGGAACUCGCCUGUAUAGACUAGGUCUCAGGGAGACCACUUGCCUCUGCCUGCCAAGUGCUGGGAUUUUAAACAUGGGCCACCACUCCUGGCGAUUUCCUGCACUGUAUUAGUACACCUUUUGGCCUCCAAAAUAGUUCGAGGCAAGUGACAAAAAGUAUAGGAAAUUGUGUAAAAAUACCAAGAGUCCAGGUAAUUCUCAACUUAAAAAUCCUUUAAGUUACAAAGGUCUUCAAAGUGGAGCAUUUUUAUUUUGUUUCACUUCGUUAAUUUUUUUUUUUUCAAGGCAGGGUUUCUCUGUGUAGCUUUGGAGCCUGUCAUGGAACUGACUCUGUAGACCAGGCUGGCCUCCAACUCAGAGAUCGGCCUGCCUCUGCCUCCCGAGUGCUGGGAAUAAAGGCGUGUGCCACCACCAUCUAGCAGCAGAGCAUUUUUAAAUCCUUAUGAUUCCUUAGAAAUGGGUGUCUUCAAGAUAAACUGGAUCACCACCUUUUCCCAAGGGAAUGAAUAUAUAUAUAUACACACAUAUACAUAUUGUAUAUGUAUAUAUAAAAUAAACUAAUGCCCAGAUGCAAUAAAGAUCCACUUUAGGGCAUAAUGCUUUAUACUUUUCAUUUUAAAAUGCAUUAACAGAGUGCUUUGCUGGCCUUUAGCUAAUAGUAGAAAUAGCUGAGAGUUCAGCUUAAAACAUUAAGGUAACAUCAUUAGCUACGGGUCCAGUGUGUGUCUUGUUUUGUUUGUUUUAUAGCCCAUAUAUAACCUUCUUCUAAUAUUUUCACACUAACCCGUUAUUUCACAAUACAUUUUACACUUUGCAGUCAUUUUUACCAACUUCAAAAAAGGAUUUAUUUUUAUGUGUAUGCCCCGACCCCGUGUGUGUGUGUGCGUGCAUGUGUGUGUGUGUGUACGUGUGUACACAUGAGGGAUGCCUGUGGAAACAGAUUGUCAGAUAGAGCUGGGUUACAGGCUAUUGGGACCUGGAUGCUGGGAAUGGAAUGCUGGUCCUCUGGAAGAGCAGCAAGUGCUCUUAACCACUGAGCCAUCCACUCUCCAGCCCCUUUACUGGCUUUUAAUUUCAUGUGUGCCUUCUGGCUGAUGAUUACAGACUAAUUUUUCUAGUUGUCUGGGUCUAUAUAUAAAUAUAUGAACACAUGGCAGGAAACGAAUAGGUUCGAGGAGAUGGACAGAUCACAGGUGAAUGGAUUGUAGUUUCCUUGACACGUCAGCUGUUGUGGCUAAUUGUUCAAUUGUUGUGUUCUGCUCCGAUUUAAAGCACUGUUGGAUGAAGGAGACGAAAGUGCCGUAGUGUUUCCACAUCUGUGGAUUUCAUAAUCGUGUCCGCUUCUCAUGGUAGAUCCAGGCUCAAUCAGCACAUGUUUAUUACUCCGCCCGGCAAACUGAGGUGAUUAGCCUUGACUGCAGGACAAAGAGGACUGAACCUCCUCACUUGCCAUUUCCUUUGGAAAACAUUUCCUGGUUCUUUGGCCUCUAGCCUACCCAGUUCUUCUAAGGUGUGCAAGCAUAAGCAUACACUAGUGAAAUCAAUUUUCGUGGGUCGUUUGUAGAACGGCCCGUAUGAAUUACACAAAGCAAGGUGGUUCUGAAAUAAAGGCGUACUUCCAAGCAGGGGGCUUUGCAGCGAAUGGUGGAAAAGAUCGGGGAGAUGCUCCUAGGUACGGGGUGAGGAGGUUUAUUGUAGCGAUGAGGGAGAACACAGCCAGAGGCAUCUGGAAGGGUCCAGACUGAACCGGUUCGUGAGGGGUAGGGGGAAUGAGAGAGGAAGAGGGGAGGAGAAAAGAGGCUGAGAGGCCAGAAGAGAGCCAGGAGGGCAAGACACCAAGAGCCUGGGUAGCCAAAAUGGCUGAGGUUAUAUAGGGAUCAGAGACUGGAGGGAGGGAAGCCCAGCUUCCCUUGAGCUGGAGGGUUUAAGGUCGGGACAAACUGAGAAGUGUAACAGGUAUUGUGCUGUUGAGAGAGAUGCCACAAGGCCAUCCUCCCCUUUGAUAUGUUAAAUAGGCACCUCAGUUAGCUCUUUGUCCUGAGUUUGAGACCUAAUAUAGUUUUUUUUUUCCUUAUUAAGUCCAUUUAUAGGGGCUGUAACUCAGUGCCAGAGCAUUUGCCUAGUGUGUGUGAAUACUGGGUUCAGUCUCCAACAGCACAGAAAGAAAACAAAAGAACCACUGCCAACAAAAGAAUUAAUAGAGAUUGUGCUUCUAUGGUAAUAGGGGAAAUGUCGGCUUGUCUUAUGACAAAUUUUAUAGUCAUACAAGUAUACAUGUAUAUGGUCAUAUGUAUAGUGUAUAAGAAGACCAUGCUAAUAGCUUUCUAAAAGUUUUGCAUUUGUUUUUGUGUAUGUGUGUGGGUGCCCAUGUGGGUAGAGGUCUAAGGAUAAUUUGUGGGAGUUGGUUCUCUCCUUAUACCAAGUGAGUCCCAGUGCUCAAACUCAGGUCAUCAGGCUUGGUGGCAGGUGCCUUACGUGCUGAGCCACCUCAGCGUGUUUUAGUGGCUUCCUUCAGCUUCUGGGUUGGUACUUGGGGAGGUCAUACUGAGGACUCUGGAUUUAACCUGAUAGGUUACUAAAAGAAUAGAAUUUCUCAGGAGAGACUCCAAUGCAGGAAUAAUGAAUGGGAAUCUGUUAUCUCCCACAGAUGUAAGCUUACCUGUCCUCCUUCCAGAGAACAGAUCCCCUAGUGAAGCUCAGCCACUGGAGAAUUAGAGGCAAAGCUCCCAAUGCUCCCUUCUUGCCAUGAAAGACUUCACAUUGGCCUUGUCACCCUUGAAAUUGGAUGCAAAAGUUCCAUUGCUAAGUUGCUGUGGCUAAGUUGCAUUUACCCCAGCAGUACUUUGGUGUAGCUUGACUGUGUUUCAUGUUAAAACAGUGACUCAGACGCCGAGUUAUAGACUAACAAAGUAGAACUCAUUUGGAGCCAAACCCUGAUCUAACCUUAACCAAGGAUAUCGGAAUUAGCACUGGAAACAUCUCUUCACCCCCUCCCAGGUGGUGAGUGAGUUACCAGAAGGCAGAGUCUGUGCUGCUCUUCUGAGCUGGUCGGCAGCAGGCUCCUGUGGAACUCUGAGCAGAUGCAUAGUGAACAUUUGGACGAGAGAGCGGGAUGGAACACUGCAGAAGGAAUGAGGAGUGAAGAGCCCCUGGAGACCAUGGAAGACAGCUGGAGGCCUGGUGACAGCACAGGCCAGGGCGGCCCCUGUCCCGGGCUGGCACCCGCCGCUCCGGGCCACCUGGGGACGCCCUACACCGAGGCCUGGGGCUACUUCCAUCUGGCCCCGGCUCGGCCCGGGCACCCGACGACGACGGCGACGACAACAGGCACCUGGGCCACCUGCCGGCUGUGCGGGGAGCGGGUGGGCGGCCAGCCGGGCUUCCAGGCGUGGACGCGGGCGCUGUGGCGCCACCUGAGCGGCGCGCACCUGCGGGAGCUGGAGAAGAGCGGGGCCCGGAGCUCGCCGCCCGCCGCGCCCUGCCCUGCGCCGCCCGGCCCCGCCGCCGCCGCCGCCGCGGCUGCCGAGGGCGACUGGGCGCGCCUGCUGGAGCAGAUGGGCGAGCUGGCGGUGCGCGGCAGCCGGCGCGAGCUGGAGCUGGCGCGGCGCGAGGCGGCCCUCCGGCAGGCGGAGCGCGCGCUGGAGCGCAGGCGCAGGGCUCUGCGGCAGGAGGAGCGGGCCGUGGCGCAGGCGCGGCGCCAGCUGCAGGCCGAGCGCGAGGCGCUGGGCGCCUGGCUGCGGGAGCGGAGCCCCGGGGCUGGGGUCCCGGCGCCGCCUUCGCCGCCGCCUCCGCUCCUCAAGGAGGACCCUGACGGGGACGUCCUCGGCGGCGGCGACGACGUGAUCACCAAGGUCCUGCUGUAGCGAGGCCGCUCCAGGCGCCCUGGAUCGGGUGCACGGGAUGGACCGCACCGCACCGCAAGAGGAACCGGCUCCAGCAACCUCUGCCUAAGUGCCUUAGGGCUGGAGGCUUUUAAAGCCAGAAGGUUCGCUAAACACCAAAGACUCAUCACAUCGCCUGCCUAUAAGCCUUGUAGGGAAGGGAAGAUGAGGGGUUUUUUUUUUUAUAUACAGGAAUCUGAUCUACUCUUUCCUAAUGUUUAAACUUGGCCCAGCACCAAGUUCCAAAACGGGACUUUGAGUUUCACUGACUCCCUGGCUCCCUGCCUUCAGCAUCUGUAGAACCCCCGCAUUGGGCCAGUCCCAGAGAUACCCCUCUUUUCUCUAGUCACCUCACAUGGCUUCCCCCUCCACCCAAGGCCAUGAGUACCUCUUUCCUUAACUCAUCUUUCCCUGGAUGGGACUCAGUGGUAGGUAUAUUCUUCCAUUUCCUGUCUCACCCCUUGCCACCAAUCUAGCGAGACAUCAUCUGUCACUAGAAGAGCAGUUCCGUGCCCCCAUAGGCCCUCAAAGACCUCUCCCUGAACCAAAGGAGAAACCUGAGGCCACGUCACCUUACAGCAUCAACCCGUCUCAUUCCCUCCCUUUCUCCAGCCUGCUACCCCCGAAGGUCAAGAAGCCCUUGUUGCCCACACUCGCCAUGUCCCAUUCCACUGGUCCCUUCCCAUGUGUCACUGCCUGCUAAGCUACCACCCAAAACCAAAUAUGGUUUUCCACAGCCCUUGUCCUUCUUUUCUGAGGUCCCUUCCUUUGAAGUGGAACAUGCUUUUCUAAAGUGGUCUGUGUUUUUUUGAGACAGAGUCUUUCUAUGUAGCCCUGGCUGUCCUGGAACUCACUAUGCAGACCAGACUGGGCUCGAACUCAUAGAGAUCCACCUGCCUUAUCCUGAUCACUAAGACUAAAGGUGUACACAGUUCCCAAACUGUUUUUACUCAAAUUUUGUCCUGAAGUUUUUUUUAACUUGAACCUUCUAGGAAAAGUUGAAAGGUUAAUAAAAUUUUAUAUAUAUAUUUGGUUGUUUUUAUGGGCCAGCUUCUACUUUCAGCUCCUGGUCCAUUUCCUUAGAGAGCUUAAGUAACUUCUGCCAGCAACUCACUGAGCUAUCCCAGCCUUGACUGUUCGCCCUGGAUCUGGACAUUUAUGCCCAGUUGCCUGUUCCGUGGCUCUUCCCACUGCUUGCAUAUCUGCCACUACUAACACCUGAUAACUAGCAUUUUCUGGGAACCCAGCAUUAUCAAGCACAGCAGCUCCAAGGAAAAUGUCAGCAAGGUCUCAGUGGGUAAAGGUGCUUGCUUCCAAGCCUGAAGACCUGAGUCCAAUCAGGAUCUGACCCACAUGGUGGAAGGAGAGAACCGAUUCCUGUAAGUUCUCCAAUGUCCAUGCAUGUACUACGGCACACCCACACAUACUAAAUAAAUGCAAUAAAUUUUUUUUUUCUGAGACAGGGUU